AUUUAAGUCAAGGGCCGGCUGGCAACCCCAGCAGGCUGUCCUGUGAGCCGCCAGCAUGGAUGACAUCUACAAGGCUGCGGUAGAGCAGCUGACAGAAGAGCAGAAAAAUGAGUUCAAGGCAGCCUUUGACAUCUUCGUGCUGGGUGCUGAGGAUGGCUGCAUCAGCACCAAGGAGCUGGGCAAGGUGAUGAGGAUGCUGGGCCAGAACCCCACCCCUGAGGAGCUGCAGGAGAUGAUUGACGAGGUGGACGAGGACGGCAGCGGCACGGUGGACUUUGAUGAGUUCCUGGUCAUGAUGGUUCGAUGCAUGAAGGAUGACAGCAAAGGGAAAUCUGAGGAGGAGCUGUCUGACCUCUUCCGCAUGUUUGACAAAAACGCUGAUGGCUACAUCGACCUGGAUGAGCUGAAGAUGAUGCUGCAGGCUACAGGCGAGACCAUCACGGAGGACGACAUCGAGGAGCUCAUGAAGGACGGAGACAAGAACAACGACGGCCGCAUCGACUAUGAUGAGUUCCUGGAGUUCAUGAAGGGUGUGGAGUAGAUGCUGACCUUCACCCAGAGCUUCCCAUGCCCAGCCUCCAACUCCAGCUGAGUCCUGGGGUUGGGGAGGGGAUUGGGGUCCCAGGACCUGAGCCUGGCCAUGUCCUUAACCCCAAAUCCCCGACUCCCUCCCCAACUCUGUCCUGGGGGAUGCAAAUAAAGCGUGCUCCCC